ACUCCAGAACAUUUUCCAUCAACGCCGGGAUGUCGCCGGCGAUUGGAGUACACGUGCCACUCCUUCCGAACCAUGACAAGCAGCAGGCGAAGCCCGCGUCGAUAUCCGGAGCGGUGUUCAACGUCGCGACGAGCAUAAUCGGCGCCGGAAUCAUGUCAAUUCCGGCGACACUAAAAGUCUUGGGCGUAAUACCAGCUUUUGUGCUGAUUGUAAUCGUUGGCUUGUUGGUAGACAUCUCGGUGGAGUUCUUGAUGAGAUUUACGCAUUCCGGGGACGCCACGACCUACGGCGGCGUCAUGAAGGAGUCCUUUGGCCAGGUGGGAUCCGUGGCCACACAAAUAUGUGUGAUGAUCACUAAUUUUGGAUGUUUGAUCAUGUACCUUAUUAUUAUCGGGGAUGUUCUUUCUGGAAGUAAGCCAGAAGGAAGUGUACACUUGGGCGUUUUGCAAGAAUGGUUUGGGAUCCACUGGUGGAACUCGCGUGAAUUUUCCAUCUUAUUUACUGUCGUUUUCAUUAUGCUUCCGUUGCUUUUACUCCGACGUGUGGAAUCAUUGAGGUUUAGCUCGGCCGUAUCGGUUCUCCUUGCUGUUAUCUUUGUUGCAAUAUGUUCUGUGAUGGCAAUAAUAGCUUUAGUCCAAGGCAAAACCAAGAAUCCAAGAUUAAUUCCUGAAUUGGACCAACAAACAUCCUUCUUUGACCUAUUUACUGCCGUCCCAGUCAUCGUCACGGCCUUCACUUUUCAUUUCAAUGUUCAUCCAAUCGGUUUCGAGAUGGGGAAGCCGUCCGACAUGGUCAAAGCCGUGCGAAUUGCGCUCGUGCUUUGUGCGGCGAUCUACUUUGCCGUUGGCCUAUUUGGGUACCUCUUGUUUGGAGACUCAAUCAUGACAGACAUACUCGUCAAUUUUGAUAAGAGUUCUGAUACGGCAACGGGUUCAGUGCUAAAUGAUGCUGUUCGGUUGAGUUAUGCACUUCAUCUUAUGCUAGUUUUUCCUCUACUCAACUUCUCUUUGAGGGCAAAUAUAGAUGAAUUUUUGUUCCCUGAGAAGAUCCUUUUGGUCAAUGACACCAAAAGAUUUGUGAUCAUCACACUUGUUUUAUUGGUCUUCUCAUACUUAGCAGCAAUAGCAUUCCCAAACAUUUGGUACAUCUUUCAGUUUCUGGGAUCAACUUCUGCGGUUUGCCUUGCCUUUAUAUUUCCUGGCGCUAUUGCUCUCAGGGAUGUAAAUGGCAUAUCUACAAGAAAGGAUAGGAUCUUGGCAACAAUAAUGAUAGUCUCGGCAGUAGUCACAAGCAUAAUUGCAAUUUCGAUAAAUAUAUAUAAUUCCUUUGGAAACAAGUCAUAAUUUUUUUUUUUUUUUGGUACUUGGUUUGUUGUUUGUAAGAUGGUGAGCUUCUAUCUUCGUUAUGGUUUUGUAUGAGAUAAAAGAUAGAAAAAAUAGAGAAUUUACUCUUGA